AUGAGGAAACGUUCGGGAUCGGCUCUGGGCGAGAUGAAGUACAAAUUCAUCGUCGGGCCGGCCGUUCUCCUGGUAGUGUUCUUCCUCGCCAUCACCAACUUCGACAACCAUUCCGCCACCCAAUCCUUCUCGUCGGAUUUCCAUCCUUCGCCGCCUGCAGAUUCCGAGACGCUGCAGCAUUCCGAACAGGUUUCGCCGUCGUCUCUGGUUGUCGGGGAACAGGAAGGUGGAGAGGAGGCGGUCGUUGAGGAUGCUCGGCGGGAGGAAGAAGAUGGCGGGGGAGUUGGAGAAGAGCAGCAGUGGGAGUUGUGCGGUAAAAAUGAGGGCCUACCGGACGCGGAUUACAUCCCCUGCCUGGACAAUAUCAAGGCGAUCAAGGCCCUUCCGUCCAGGAAGCACAUGGAGAACCGGGAGCGACACUGCCCGGAUCCAAGCCCAACGUGCCUCGUUCCCCUCCCCCAAGGGUACAAGCAACCAGUGCCCUGGCCAAAGAGCAGAGACAUGGUGAGAUCGCUGUGUCACUAACCAGUUUCUUCAACGUUAAUCAAAUAGUCGAUAAUAGAAUGAUACUGUCGACGGGAGAUGAGUAAACUCGAGAUCUGCAGAUUUCAAGGAUGUUCUGGGAAGGAUCUAGGUUUUCCCUUCUUUCUGCUUCUGCCCUUUUUUUUAUUCUGGCCCUGGAGACUGCAGCAGCAUCGUCCCUUACCCUCUCUAGACCUUUUUUCUCAUCAAACUUUCAUGCUUGCAUCAUUACAUCUGCACGUCGGACGAAAUCCGAGGAAUGCAGAAUAGGAUAAGAGCGCGAAAGGCAGAUAGAAUGGAAAUCUUGCUGCUUCCUGGACGCCUGGGGCGUGUAUGGCGAUGGUAUAGUGGUAUGCUGCAAUGUGCUGUAUAGGCAUUUCGAGAAUGUUGGUCUUCUCUUUGACCAAAUAUUCUUUACCCAUAUGUUGUUCUUUGCAAGGUGGUAAUCAUGAGGCCACCCUUCAGAUGGAACUCUCCUAGUCAACAGCUUGCACGUAGCUAGCACUCAAAUCUUUGUCUCACAUACAUUUGGUGGAUACACCUUGGAUCUUGCUCCUCUGAGACUUCCGGGGUAUCCUAUGAUGAGCUGAUAUCCUUUAGUAAGGUCAAUGUCCUCAUAUAAUAAGGCUGCUGUUGACUUCACGUAGGCUCGUAAGAGGUCAUCAGAGUAGGAAUGGUUCCUUCACACCAACAGGGCAUACCAGCGCACAAAUCAGGUCCUCAAUAUUAAUGGCUAUCCCUAAGAGAAGAUCUAGCUGGAAUUGAUGAUGUCAGAGUAAGCUGUGCUCCUGGGUCUUGGUCACUAGCUACCCUUUGGAGCAACCCCUCAUAAUUUGGCUUACAUGCGGAAUCCAUUGUCAUCGUGUUUUUAUUUACUGAACCACGUAUGAUUCUCAUCAGCCUUCACCCGGACAAUUGUUUUACCGAGAGGCACCUGAGAAAAAGGCAUCAGUUUUCAGCCAUUAUAAGAUUUCAGCACUUUCUUCAUUCUUGUUCUCCCAAAAAUUGGGACUACUCCUUGAUUUUGUGUGAUUUGAGCUAGGAAUUAACAAUUACCGGUACAUCGGAUUUUCUUUUUAAUCUAGUGCACUUUAGUAAAAGGUAGGGGUAAAAAAGAAAUCCCCGUUUCUAAAUUAAGAAUUACUUCGUAAAAUCGGAACCCGACUACAAGAAGUGUUCACAUACAUGAAAUGUAGAAGUUGAAUGUUCUAUCUCUGUAUGAUACAAAUAGUUCAUGUAGACAUGUCCAUUACUCAGAAACUUAAAUCGUCGUCCUUCUAUCAAAACUAACAUAGGAUUAGGGGUGAAUUUCUAGAAGAUAUUGCUAGUGCGCGCGAUAUUUUCCACGAAAAUAUCAGCAUAAGUUAUUUAAAUCAUGUCUUGUAAACUGAAGGUUAGAUAAUGAUAUUAUAGGCAAACGGAAUCCGUCGUUUUGAAGUUGGCUUUCUAAUGUUCGGAUGUAGUUUUUCCAGCGUUCGGAAUCCAUCAAUGAUUUCUUCAUUAACAAGCCAGAGGAAGUUGACUCUUCCGGUUUUUUAUUGAGUAUGUAUGUUUUCUAAAAAAACAUUUUUCUGUUAAUAUAUAUUUUUUAUCUCUUAAGAAAAUUCUUAUGUUUCCUAACGUUAUGGCAAUAGGAUUGACAAUCAUUCUGGUCUUGUCUUUCAGAUUUGGUUUGUCAAUGUUCCUCAUGCUAGGCUUGUCGAAAUCAAGAAGGAGCAAAACUGGGUGCGGAAGUCUGAUGAGUACCUUGUUUUCCCGGGAGGCGGAACCCAAUUUAAAGACGGAGUGAUGCACUACAUUCGAUUUAUUGAGGAGGUACUCAAUUUCUGCAUUAAUUAACCUCUACUGCCUUUGUUUGAAAAUCAAGGAUUCUACAACGCAAUAUUUUUCAAUCAUUUUCUUUUGUCUGGGAGUUCUUGGCGAAGCAUUCUUUUCUGGAUAGUAUACCUUUAGUAGAAAUAAACAAUUACAACCUCCUAUAACAUGAUGUUGAUGUUUAUCUCUUAUGAGAAGAAAGUGUGAUGUACUUAGUGCUACUAUUUUAAUUCGGAUAAUAUUAUUUCUCUGUAUACAUGUGCUUUGCUUCGUGGUUGGAUGACAUAGCUUCUCUUUUUCCAUUUAUAAUCCAUGGAUAUUUGACAUUUCCUUAAGUGAUAUAUUGAAUGGAUAAAAAGGUAUUUUUUUUCUCUCAUUUCUCUUACUUUUGGGCCUCUGUUAGACUUACCCAGCCGUCGCAUGGGGGAAGCAUACAAGAGUUGUUCUUGAUGUUGGAUGUGGUGUUGCAAGCUUUGGUGGAUAUUUGUUAGACAAAGAUGUCAUUACUAUGUCUCUUGCUCCGAGGGACGUACAUGAGGCUCAAAUACAGUUUGCUCUUGAAAGAGGAAUCCCUGCUAUCUUAUCUAUUAUUGCGACCCAGAGGCUAACAUUCCCCGAUAAAUCUUAUGAUAUGAUUCACUGCGCAAGAUGUCGGAUCCAAUGGCAUGCGGACGGUAAGUUUCUGUCAUUUGGUUCUUGUACUUCUCAUCAGGGUCAUGGUUAUUACCAUGGACAUCAUCACUGAAAUAGUCUAUUUUCAUGAUUUUUUAACUCAAUCUUGAUCACAAUGCAGAGGGAAGGGCGUUACUGGAGCUUAAUAGGAUUCUAAGACCUGGGGGUUUCUUCACAUGGUCUGCAACACCAAUUUAUCGUGAUGAUGAAGAAGACAAGAGCAUUUGGAAUGGUGAGUAUUCGGUUUUUUUUUUUUUUUUUCCGUUUGGUAUCCAAAGGUUGGCCAUAUUGAUGCUUUUUCAAGUUCCUUGAGAGUUAACAUACUGUAAAGGCAGAAAAAUCAUCCUUUCAAUGUGCAUCCAUCAACUGCAGGGAUCUUUCUAAUUACGGUGAAUUAUAUCGCUGGAACAUUUGACCAUGAGGGACAUAAUUGAGCCCCAUUAAAGGAGAUUAACUCUCUCUCUUUUUUUUUCUUGGGGAAGGGGGCAUCAGAAAGUGAAACUCUUAAACAGUUUUUUGCUAGUUGUAUGCAGUAAUUUGUAGAACUCAAGACAUCAUGUCAGAGAGCUACCAUGGCUGAACUUUUUGGAAUUCAGUGCUUCAUAAACUCACUUUGUUAUAUGGUCAUUAUGAUCGCUUUGUACAUAGCAUCGCAUAUUCUUCAAUUUUGUGUCUUAUGAUUGCUAUAUAUAUAUAUGAUAACUCUGAUGUUCUUGGAAAGUUUUGUGUCGAACAUGUGGUUACACAUAUAGCUUGUGCUCUAUUUCAUUAUCUGUGUAGGAAUAAUCCGAUUCUUCAUAUUUAUUUUAUGAUUCCCGUAGGCUUUGGUGAUCAACCUUAUCACGGUGCCCAAAACUUCAUGUGCUUAGUAAUAUUCAUGUCCAAGUGGAUGCCACCUGAUUUUUCUUGUUAAAGAAUCUUCAUUUUUUCAAAAGAGGGCCUUGCGAGGAAGAAUAGACGAAUUUAUGAGGAUCCGUUUUCUUUCUCCUGCAGCGAUGGUGUCUCUGACCGAAUCCAUUUGCUGGAAGAUGGUGGCGAAAUCGAUUGAUCCGAAUGGGAUUGGGCUUGCUAUUUUCCAAAAGCCUACCUCAAAUUCUUGUUACAGUAAUCGGGAUGUAAAUAGCCCUCCACUGUGUGAUCAGAGGAACAGAAGUGAUAUCUCAUGGUAUUUUCUGUCAGAUAAUAUCAACAGUUACUUAUAUGCUUUACGUGUUAAUACUUCUCAUUUUGCAAUGCCAGGUAUGUUCCACUAGAUGGUUGUAUCCCCCUUCUUCAGGAAUCUGAAGAAGGCUCUGAGAACACGUGGCCCGAAGAAUGGCCUGCGAGACUGAAUCUCAGACCUACAAGUCUAUCAAUAGACCCAAGCAUUGGACAUACAGAGGAAUCUUUUCAUGAAGACACACAACAUUGGAAGAACCUUGUGACGGGCACUUACAAGAACGAGCUCGGCAUCAACUGGGGCAGUGUACGGAAUGUUAUGGAUAUGAAUGCAGGUUUUGGAGGGUAUGUGAUAUAAUCCGCAAGUUUUUCACUCAUGACACAUUUUCCUGCAGAUUAGGGAGUAAAGAUGACAUUACCUGUGGCAAUGAGUUAUUUUUUCUCAUUAAUGUGUCGAAUGCUGGUCAGUAGAUCAGAUACAGUGGACAUGUCUCUGCAUUCGAGUGUAACAUCUCUCCUUUGGACCCUCAGAUUUGCUGCGGCGCUCGUCGACCAGCCUCUUUGGGUGAUGAACGCCGUGCCACCCACCGCGCCAGAUACCCUGCCCAUCAUCUUCGACAGAGGCUUCAUCGGGAUUUAUCACGACUGGUGUGAGGCCUUCAACACUUACCCUCGGACCUACGAUCUUCUUCAUUCCAACAACCUCUUUGGGAAACUCACUCAGCGGUACGUUCUACAUGAUAAGCUCGUCGUCAGUUCCUCUGCCAUUCACUGUGUUCGCGGUGCUGAGGGUUCGCCUCCUCCUCGCAGGUGCUCGAUCGUCGGGGUCGUCGCCGAAAUGGAUCGGAUAUUGAGGCCAGGUGGGUGGGUGUUGAUCCAAGACAGCCCAACGACGAUCGAGAAGUUGGAUUCUCUGUUCAAGUCCCUGCACUGGGAGACGACGGUUCGUGAAGGGCAGCUUCUCGUCGGCAAGAAAACCUUCUGGCGUCCGGCUGACGCGCGGUGA